CCAACUCGUCUUCUCGAUCCGGCUGCUUGUGACAGAAUCUCGCCAACCUCAGCUCAGCCCCCCUGCACUUGUCUCACUGAGUGACACUUGACUCGAUCGAACGACAUCAACUGCCAAGAAGAAGAGACUCCUAAAAAUGUUCAAAAACUUCACCUUCAGAUGGCUUCGCUGGCGCCGCCCAACCGCGCCCUUACCCACGCUGCCGGACGGGAUCGAACGCCACUUCGUCGACACGCCCGGCGGCAAGAUCGAGGUGCUGCGCGGGAACCCCCAGCGCUCAUCAGCAACAGCAACAGCAACAACACAGCGGUCCAAUGCUGCGCCCCUAUUCUUUGUCCACGGAGGCAUGGGCGGUGCCUGGGUAUGGCUGGAGUACCUCGAGUACUUCGCUGCCCGCGGCAUCCCCUGCUACGCCGUGUCGAUGCGCGGCCACGGCGGGAGCUACUAUCCGUCCUUCCUACGCAUGGUGUAUGCGACCACCAAGCACCACCUAGCGGAUGAUGUCCUUGCCGGCCUGCGCUGGGUGCAGGAGCGCGAGGGAGGGAAGGAGGUCGUCCUCGUUGGACACUCGAGCGGCGGCGGGCUGUCCCAGAUGAUCCUCUCGGAGCAGGAGGCGAAGGUGAAGGGACUGGCGCUUGUGGCCGCCGUGCCCGGGUUCGGGUCGCAACGGGUAUACGACAGCUGGUACGCUCUGGAUCGCUGGUUCAUCCCCAGGAUGAUCUUCCACCUCUGGCAUCCGAACUCGCCGCUCUCCCACCCGGCCUUCACCAAGAGGGCCUUCUUCAACCCGGAGAUGUCGGAUGCCUACGUCGAGAAGUUCCAGGAGAGAGCCGCUCCGUAUGAGAGCUUCAUCUGGGCACUGGGCAUGAUGAAGCCAUUUAUCCACUACCAAAAAGUCGUCGGGCAGAUCUCCAGCUGGGGCAGCAGCAGGCAGGGUAUCCUAGUGCUAAGCGGCGAGGUCGACAAGAUCAUGAGGCUGCCCAUCAUGGAAGACCUCGCAGAGACGUACCGCAAGACGUACCGCGACAUGGUCCAGCAAAAGAAGCUUGACGGCGAGGAAGAUGGGGUCAAGUCCCUCCCUGGGGAAGGUGGGCUAGACGACAGCGGCCUGGGCGUGAGGUAUUGCGUCGUUCCUCGAGCUGGGCACCACCUACAGAACGAUAUCACUUGGGAGCUCGGUGCCAAGAAGCUCCUAGACUUCUAUGAGCAGUUGUGAUGCUCCAAGAAUUCCGAGUUGGACGCGGGCAUGUCACGCCUAGCGUUGUAUGAAUCGAAACGAAACAUCUCAACUUUUCUCGGGUUCUGGCGUUUGGAUUGAUAUCAGGAGGUUUGGUUAUUACCGCCAGUAUUGGUUAUGUUAUGAAUAGAUACCUAUCCACUGGUCAAAGAGCAUUGUGGGGGACAGAUCCGAUGCCGACUCCGUCGUGUGAUUCAAGCAAAGCCUGAGUCGAGUGUUGGAGACGGAAGAACGGCGGCAUAUGCAUAUGUUGCCGUCGUCGAUCACAAGACAGCACCGUUGAGAGACUACGCAGCAACCCUCGCAGCCGAGUCCUUAUCUGCGUUAACGUUUCCGCCAGCGCCUCGUAGGUUCACGCUCUCAGAGCCGCAGGUGUAUGUCUUGGAAGGAUACUCCGUGUUUAGAGCU